AUGGCGACCACGGCACUUUGGAAGCGUCAACACGUCGCUAGGAACUUCACCUUUUGCAGCGGACGAAUGACACAGUGGAGGGAAAAGUCUUUCGACUCUGGUGUGGAUGAGGCAAAGGAACACUUGGAGUCACAGCCUUCCAUCAUCGCCGAGGAGGAAGAUGAUCUCCACAGGGGCUUGAAGGCUAGACAUAUCCAGCUUAUGGCUCUUGGUGGUGCAAUUGGUACUGGUCUCUUUGUGGGGUCUGGUGCUGCUUUGGCCAAGUGUGGGCCAGCAGGUUUGCUCACAGGUUACUUGAUCCUUUCCACUGUCAUUUACUUUGUCAUGAACGCUCUUGGUGAAAUGGUGUGUUAUAUUCCUCAACAAGGUGGUGCUAUUUCAGACUUGGCCAAGAAGUACGUGAGCCCAUCUCUUGGCUUCGCCACAGGAUGGAUCUACUACUAUACCUUUGUCAUACUGAUCUGUUCUGAAGUUACAGCCGCAGCUCUGGUGAUUGAAUAUUGGACUAAAAAAGUUCAUAUUGCUGUAUGGAUCAUCAUUUUCGUUGCUGUUAUCAUUGGACUGAACUUCCUGGCUGUCAAGUACUAUGGUGAGUCCGAGUUUUGGUUUGCAUCUUUGAAGAUUAUCUGUAUUGUUGGGCUGAUCAUCCUCGGUGUCGUCAUCUUCUUCGGUGGUGCUCCAAACCAACACGGAGUUCUAGGAUUCCACUACUGGAAAACACCGGGUGCCUUUGCUUACCACUUGCUUCCAGGCAACACUGGUAGAUUCUUGGAUUGUUGGACUGGAGUCAUCAAAUCUGGGUUUGCCUUUAUCGUUAGUCCUGAAUUAGUUGCCAUUGCCAGUGCAGAAACUCAGAGACCAAGAAGAAACAUCAACAAAGCUGCCAGAAGAUUUGUAUACAGACUUAUGUUCUUCUAUAUUCUCGGUACUUUGGUCAUUGGUGUAAUGGUUCCUUAUAACAACCCAGACUUGAUGUCGGGAACUGGUAAUGCCUCUGCUUCUCCAUUCGUCAUUGGCAUCCAUCUGGUUGGUAUCCAUGUUCUUAACCACAUUAUUAACGCUGUUAUCCUGUCAUCGGCUUGGUCUUCAGGUAACUCCUUCUUCUAUGCUGCUUCCCGUUUCCUCAAGUCUAUGGCUGAUGUUGGCGAUGCCCCAAAGAUCUUCAGAAGAACAAACAAAUACGGUGUUCCUUACAUUGCAUGUGGUCUCACAGCUGCCCUCUCUAUGAUCUCUUUCCUUAACGUCUCCAGUUCAGGUGCCAAUGUCUUUGCCUGGUUCUCAAACUUGUGUACUAUUUCCGGUUUCAUUGGCUGGAUCAUCAUUGGUGUUUGCUACCUCAGAUGGAGAAAGGCUGUGUUUUACAACGGUCUUUGGGAUCGUGUGCCAUUUAAAACACCAUUGCAACCUUAUGGUACUUAUUACUUUAUGUUUGUCAUUACACUGGUUUGUAUCACGAAUGGUUAUGCAGUGUUCUUCGACUUCAACGGCCCAGACUUUGUUGCUGCUUAUUUGACCUUACCUGUGUUCUUCUUGUUGUAUUUCGGUCACAAGCUGUUCACUAGAGAUUGGAGUUGGGGUCAUCCAGUUGAUGAAAUUGAUGUUAUUACUGGCCUUGAUGAAGCAGAACAGAUUGAAGCAGAUUUCGAGGCUAAAACCAUUCCACCAACUACCGUUUGGGGUAAGUUCAUUGACUGGUUGCUGUGA